ACACUUAUGGGUAAGCAGGCAUCAAUUGACCUUUCACCCUAGAGCCAGUCACCUUUCACCCCUAUCUGCUCCAGACAGACGCUUGCAGGAGGAUUGUGCGGAGGUAAUGAUCGUCAUUGGAAGCAGGUUUGACAUGGCAGAAGCAAAUAGUAGGUCUCCUACUGCUGUUCUCCAGAACGUCUGUGAUGGGUCUCCUACUGGGGUUUUGUGUGUCAGGGAUGCAAGCACAGCCACUUCGGCCAGUCAACCGCAAUCAGACACCGAUGCAAAACCCUACAUAUGCGAUGAGUGUGGAUACAGGACGGCUCGAAAAUCUGACUUAUCUCAACAUAUCAGAACUCAUACUGGAGAAAAAGCCUACAAGUGUGACCAGUGUGACUAUUCUGCUGCACAUAAAUCCGACUUGAGCCGACAUCUAACCAUGCAUACUGGUGAAAAGUCCUACAUGUGUGGGGAGUGUGGGUACAGGGCAGCUCGGAAAUUUUAUUUAUCCGAACACAUGAGAAUUCAUACCGGUGAAAAACCCUACAAGUGUGACCAGUGUGACUAUUCUACUUCACGAAAAUUCAGUUUGGACCAACAUCUAGUCAAACAUACUGGUGAAAAACCCUAUUCGUGUGACCAGUGUGACUAUUCUGCUGCAAGAAAGUCCACCUUCAAGCAACAUCUAGCCAAGCACGCUGGUGAUAAGCCCUACAUGUGUGGGGAGUGUGGGUACAGGUCAACUCUGAAGUCUACCUUAUCCCGACAUAUGAAAACUCAUACCGGUUACAAACCUUACAGAUGUGACCAGUGUGACUAUUCUACUGCGCAAAAAGCCAACUUGGACAGACAUCUAGCCAAACACACCGGUGAUAAACCCUACAUGUGUGGGGACUGUGGGUACAGGACAGCUUGGCAGUCUGAAUUAUCCCGACAUAUGAGAACUCAUACUGGUGAAAAGCCCUACAAGUGUGACCAGUGUGACUAUUCUGCAGCACAUAAAGCCAACUUGGUUAGUCACCAAGCAAAGCACACAGGAGAUAAAUCCUACAUGUGUGGGUAGCGUGGGUACAGGACACCUCUAAAGUCUGACUUAGUAAACUAUAUGAGAACCCAUACUGGGUAACCGCACAAACGUGACCAGUGUGACUAUUCUGCUGCACAGAUGUCCAACUUGAACAAACAUCUAGCCAAACACACGAUGAGAAGCCCUACAUGUGUGGGUACAGAGCAGCUCAUCAAAAGUGUCACUUAUCCAAUCAUAUGAGAACUCAAACCGGUGAAAACCCUACAAAUGUGACCAGUGUGACUAUUCUGCAGCAAAAAAAUCCAACUUGAACAUACUUUGUAAAAAAAACACUACAUGUGUGAGGAUUAUGAUUUCGGGACACCUAAGAAACCUCCUUUCUCCGAACGGAUAUCGUACCAGUGUUGUAUGUUGCCUGGAUUUAGUAAACACUCAUGGUAAACUCUGAUUGCGUAAGGUCAAACCUGAUGAAACAUAUUAAAAGAAUGGUAGAAUUCUCAUAUUUCCGGAAAGCGAAUUUGACUUGACUUAUGUUGGGUGUCGCGCCUCCCCUGCCACCCGAACGAUUGUAGUAGCCCAGAAGACUCUGUUGAGCAUCGCCAUCCUCCAGACCCGACUCAGAACAUCUCCCUUCUCAGAACAGCUAAUUUAUUACACUUAAAAGGUGUUAAAUUUUUUUAUAAUGAUUCAGUGCUGAAAAUUUACUGAAUUUUGUGGUACUCUUUUUUUCCUCCUCUUAGGAAAAAAAUAGGAGCGAGUAAACUGAAAUUAUACAACAUUCUUGUUAUUAGUGAGAACUUUAGAAUGACGUAUACUUUUAUUAAGACCUAUUUCAAACUGGCGUGCCCUUAUGUAAACUACAGCGCAAUCCAAGCAUCCAGUGCGUGCCGGCGAAGCCGUAGUCUGUCUGUAUAACUAUUGUUAUCGUUAUAUUUUUUAUUGUUAUAAACAUAUUAAUGAAUCAUUGUUAAACAUGUUGCUCACAAAGUUUGCUAUUUAUAAGAUUCAAAUCAGGCUACAAGGAGGACUGUUAUGCGUAUUGUCUAUUAAACCAGUAUACUGUAAAUACUGUAACGUUAUACGGAAUAAAACAGCCAUGUGAUAAUAAUUCGACGCCUGUAGUUCUAUUCCAAUAUUCGAGAAUAAACCAUACUAAUUUGUG